AUGCGUUUCACUGCUGCCUUCGUCAUGCUCGCGGCCGCCAUUGGCGCCACCGCAGAAAAUGCCAUUAACAUCAAGGUUUGCGAUGGCAUCAACAAGGCCGGUGACUGUAUCAACAUUGACGUCUACCUUCAACACCAAUGCUACAACUUGAACGGUACUCCCGUCUCGAAAAACGUCCGGUCGUUUGAGAUCCCUGACGGUUACCGCUGCCGCUUCUGGUCGUCAACCGCGUGCAAUGGCGGCGGUACUGGCGAUGUCCAGGCCCCGGGCACUAACGAAAACUCUCAUCCCCAGGUGAACUCUGUCAAGUGUUACGCCAACUAGAGUUGAGCUCAAUUUGGGCUUUUUGAAUAUCACUUGUCAUGUCCUUUUGUUGAGAUGGCUGGCUGGGAUGUCAGACCAGUAGCUACAGGAUGUUUAGUAAAUAGUUCUGAGGGCUUGUCUCUCCCCAAUCAACGCUCUUU